AUGGCUUGGUCGGUGGAGCUCUGUCAAGUUGACAUCACCUUCAAGCCGAGAGGACCAAUCAAAGCCCAAUGCCUAGCAGACUUUAUAAAUGAACUCCACCCGCACGGCCACUUCGAAGAGCAUUGGUGGACCCUCCACGUGGACGGUUCCUCAAACUGCCAGGGCAGCGGGGCAGGGGUCAUUCUAGAGGGACCCAAAGGGAUAACUUUGGAACAAUCUCUCCGCUUUCGGUUCAAGGCUUCGAACAACCAAGUCGAGUAUGAAGCCCUAUUGGCCGGACUCAGGCUAGCCGAAGACAUGGGUGUGUCAAGAAUCAAAUGCCUAACCGAUUCCAAGGUUGUGGCCGAGCAAGUGGGCGGCGGUAACUUCCAAGUAAAAGACCACAACAUGAUGAAGUACUACCAUGCCUAUCAAAAAUUGAAGGCGAACUUUCAAGAGGUGUUGGUCGAGCACAUCCCGCGCGAGGACAAAACCCGAGCCGAUCAGUUGGCUAGGUUGGCUGCGACCAAGAAGUCGGGCCAGUUAAGAACCAUCAUUCAGCAAGAAAUCGACCACCCUAGUGUCGAAACGGAAGUGGUAGCAAGCAUCGACGUCGACCACACCGAUCAGAGCGACCCCCCAGACUGGCGAGUCGAAAUCAAGGCAUUCAUCACCAAUGGGGUCACUCCGGCUGACCCGACCGAGGCCAAACAGUUGAGAACGCAGGCCAGCAGAUAUGUAGUCAUCGCCGAUCUGUUAUACAGGCGUGGCUUCUCUACUCCACUACUCAAGUGCCUAGACCCCACCGAGGUUGAUUACUUGAUGCGAGAAGUUCACGAGGGCAUUUGUGGAAUGCACUCCGGAGCGAGAAUGACCAAACACGGCAACUUGAUCCACCAACUGGCCGAGCAACUACAUUGCAUUCCCCCAGCAUGGCCAUUCGCUACAUUGGGGGCCGACAUACUUGGACCUUUCCCGGUUGCCAAGGGACAAUGCAAGUUCCUCAUCGUCGCCGUGGACCUUUUCACCAAGUGGAUUGAAGUCGAACCCUUGGCAUUCAUUUCGGCUCAUCAAGUCCAGAAAUUCUUGUGGAAGAAUAUUAUCACCCGGUUCGGGGUCCCAUAUACCCUGGUGACCGACAACGGCCUUCAAUUCACUGACUAA